GGCUGCUCCGAGGCUCCCAGCCCAUGGGCCCACAACAAGAAGCCAUCUCAGACUCUCUCUCACGCGUGGCAGUAUGCCGGGUUUGCAUCCACUUCCCUGACCUUGUGAAGAGCGACACGACAUGCCGCGUGGGCGAUGGACGGGAGAGCACAGAACUCUAGAGCCUGGAGGAGAAAAGAUUCCCCUGCACUAGGUCGGGAAGAGACUCACUGGAAAAGUCCACAAUUCCUAGAGCUGCAGAGUGCUGCGAUGCUGACGGGGAUGGCACGGAAGAACACAUCCGAGAUCGUUGUGAGUCGAACUGCUUGGGAGCGGGCUUUUCCUCAAAAUUGUAGUUUUGUAAAACUGGAUAAUUAAAUUCUACCGCGCAUAUGAACACCGUUUCCUUUUGAAACGCAUAGCGUGCAUUGCGCAGAUGGGCCGCUUCCUUGGUGACUAAACUUGCUGAAAUCACGGAAAUUGAGGGGAGGGGAGAGGACGAGUGUGGGGAUGGUGGGACAGCAGGGCUGGCUAUGAAUUCGCUACCUGGUUUUUUUGCAUGUGGUUGUAGCUCGUUGAGGAGGCGGAGGAGACCAAGGUCACUCUCCACGUUGGGUACGGAGGGUGAAUGUUUGGUGGGGUGGUUGAAUUUGCAGUUUGUCUGCUUCUUUUCCUCGAAUUCUAUCUGACUAUAUGGAGAACUCAGUACUUGAAUCUGGUCGUCGUGUUUUCCUUUCGGUUUUUACCCUGUCCGCGUUGCCCGUCUCAGGUUUUUUUUGCUGAAUUCUACAGCACAUGCUCUGUCAUCUCAUAUGCACUUGUACCUGAGUUGGUCCUUUCUAGUCUCGACCCUGCUCUGCAUCCAUGACCAACACCUUCUAUUAUGACUGUUCCAAGGUUGAGCGGGCAAUGAGAGGGCUAAGAUAUCAAUAUCGAAAAACUUGCUUAGAUACUUGUCCUUAAGAUUUCCAUGUCGGGUGGAUUUCAGUAGUUCUCGUACAAAAUAAUCAUAGCACAUUCACGCUUAAUGUUUAUACGCACAACGCCUAAAAUACAUGAUACCUCCAAGUCGCUGUUCAUGAGUUCAUCUACUGUGAAUGAUGGAGCUAGAGUUAGCAACUGAGCGAAGCAAACAACAAUGUGAUGUGGGCGUAAGUUCUUACGCUGCCGAAGAAAGCAUAUUUAGCUUGCCCUCUGACAACAUCCCCAUAUGUUUGUCCUCAAUAGUUCCACAGCGUAAACGAUGAAGGCUUCAAGCGUCGCAUUAAUGUAUCUCGUCCAUUUUCGUUAUCAGCUUCGAUAGGAGUCGGUGGUUUAUGUGCUUCAUUUGGAUGUAUAGUAAGGGUUUAGGUCUUAGGGUUCUUAGUAAGGGGUUUUCGUCUUGUUCGUGAUUACAAGACUACGGUUGUUUCAAGCUCGGGGCGAUUGGCCAAAUUCAAGUGUG